UGACAAAAAGAAAAAUAAAAAACCAAAUUGUUCUAUUUAAAGUCAAUUAUGCAAUGAAUUCCGUUGUUGAUGCGUGAAAUUUCUUGUUUGUAUUCAUGCAAAAACCACAACUUUCGGCCGGUAACAAUCUUCGUACCAUUUAUUACUGCGAGGUUUCGUGUUUCUGGAAAGUCUUGGUAGCUGAUAUGGAAGAGGGAUUGGGGAUACCAGGGGAUGGAAGAUGCUUGUUCCGUUCAGUGGUUCAUGGGGCUCGGCUAAGAGAAGGAAAGCCAUCGCCAGGUGAAAGCUACGAAAGAGAACUCGCUGAUGAGCUCAGAGAAAAAGUUGUGGAGGAGUUUAUCAAGAGACGAGCAGAUGCUGAAUGGUUUGUUGAAGGUGAUUUUGAUGCAUAUGUCACACAGAUGAGACAGCCCCAUAUCUGGGGAGGUGAACCUGAACUGCUGAUGUCCUCACAUGUUCUACAGUCUCCCAUCACAGUGUACAUGUGGGAUAAGAAGACUACUUGCCUUAAGGUUAUAGCUGAAUAUGGUCAAGAAUAUGGGAAGGACAAGCCUAUUUGUGUUUUAUAUCAUGGCUAUGGCCACUAUGAUGCACUGCAAAACCAUUCUGGUGGCCAACUAUCAAAAAUGAAUAAAGCAAAAAGGUUUUUUCAGUAAUAUAAUUCUUUGGGAGCACAUGGAGGUUAGAGAUCUCCAUUCUAUUGAGCCUCAAAACCCUGUCAGGACAAAAGGGACUUGAAGGGGGAAUUAAAAGUACGCUUUCUUUGAAGCUCUGAUGAUAGUCACUAUGUGUUCCUAUUAGCUUCAUUAUUUUCAGGACAACUUUAUAACUCAAUGCCAUGUAAUAUAACUAUAUAAGAUACUUCAAAAUGAUUAAUCUCUUAUUCUGGAUUA